GACUUGCAAAUGGAAACACCCUGUAGAUGUGAAAUUUUUUCGAAAGUCGCGCGCACAGGAAGCGCGCCCCCAUCCACGCUACCAACCAAAUGUAACCAACCGACCGACGCAAUUUGGCAACACUCGCCUUUGACACGUGAAUUUCAAUGAGGUUGCGAUAGCAACAACAAGUGGUUGUUUAUAGUCGUUCUAUUGUUUUUUUUAAUUCUUUUCUUUUUCGAUGGCUUCGUCGAAAUGCUACGAGGAUCGCCUGAAGGCCUUCGCCGUCGAAUUGUACAAGAUCAACGCGGUGAAGUUCGGCGAGUACAAGACGAAAGUCGGCCUCAUGACCCCGGUCUAUUGCGAUUUGAGGGUUAUCGUCAGCUACCCCAAGCUCAUGGGUGUGCUUGCCGACUUGAUCAUCGAAUCGAUGCCACACAUGAAAGAUUUUGACAUUGUCUGCGGCGUUCCCUACACUGCCUUGCCCAUUGCCACGACAAUCUCGUACAAAGUGGAUUUACCAAUGGUCAUGAGACGAAAGGAAGCCAAGGAUUAUGGCACCAAGAAACUCAUCGAGGGCUUCUACAAAGACAAUGACACGUGCCUCAUCAUCGAAGAUGUUGUCACUUCUGGAAGCAGCAUUUUAGAGACGGUCAAGGAUUUGACGGCAGCCAAUAUUCAAACUACGGAGGCUGUCGUUCUGCUGAACCGUGAGCAGGGUGGAGAAAAGCUGUUGAAGGAUAACGGCAUCAAAAUGCACGCCCUCCUCACCAUGACUCAACUGAUGAAGUUCCUAAAAGAAGCCGACUGCGUUACGGACGAAACUUGCCAAAAGGUUGCCGAUUACUUGAAAGCUUCCCAAGUCGACGCCUCCGUUUUGAACAAAACGAAAUUGGAUCGUCUGAAGAUGCCGUACGAGGAGAGGAUCUCGCACUCGAGUAACGCCAUCGCCAAGAGGCUGUUCAAAAUCAUGUCGGAGAAAAAAACGAAUCUGUGCAUCGCCGCUGAUUUGACAGAUGCCGCGGAGAUCCUGAAUCUGGCCGAGGCGGUCGGACCGCACGUUUGUCUCUUCAAGACGCACAUCGACAUCGUGGAGGGAUUCAGCGAGGUCUUCGUGAAGAACCUGAAGAGCAUUGCGGAAAAGCACAACUUCGUCUUGUUCGAGGACAGGAAAUUUGCGGAUAUCGGUAAAACUUGCCAGUUGCAAUACAGCAAGGGCGUAUACGGCGUAUCGUCGUGGGCACCCUUGGUGACGGCGCACUCCUUGACCGGAAGCGGCGUUCUGGAAGCACUCGAACAGGCGGAAGGACUUGCGGAAAGGGGCGUUUUCGUGUUGGCGGAGUGCAGCGCCAAGGGCAGUCUGAUCGAUGAUAAAUACGUCAAGGCGACGGUUGCGAUGGGCGUGGAGAAGAAGUCGCUGGUCACCGGAUUCGUGUGUCAGAGUAAGUUGUUCGUGGAGCAACCUGGGUUCGUGCAGUUGACGCCCGGCGUUCAGUUGGGCUCCUCUGGGGAUGGCUUGGGACAACAGUACAACACUCCGGAAGCUGUGAUGCUGGAGAGAGGGGCCGAUGUUGCUGUCGUGGGUCGCGGCAUCACAAAAGCCUCCAAUCCAGCCGCAGCAGCCGUCGAAUACAAAAAGCUGCUAUGGGAUUCUUACCUGAAAAGAAUCAGUAAUUAGCCAGCAAUUACACCAUUAACAUUGUUAAGUUUCUUUUUAUAUUAAAAGCAUUUUUUUAUUACCAUUUAAA